AGUAUAGGAUCAUUAUCAAUGCUGUUAAUGUAGAGCAGCCGUGGCUUUGGGCGGUGGUUUAUUACUUUGGUUAAGCUCUGUACACAUAACACUGUAAAAACACCAAGUUUGAACGUGCGGCACAGCGGCUCAGUUUCCUCCUCUUGUUGUAAAAAUAUUGUCAAAGGGGCAGGACCACCGAGACUGAGGAGAUCCAGGAACACUGACAACACUGUGUUUGUCUUGUGUUUCAACGACUGUCCCGCAUCACAACACGCUGAGCUCAGAUAACUGGACCUUUAGCUUCUUCUCCAUCAGCCCGACAGCUCCACGGAGCUCCGAGCACCAGCGGGAAUGGAGCCGAGCGACGCGGACGACAGCGAGAGCCUCGCUUCCCUACGAAACACGAUAUGGAAGCAGCUCCAAGCCAAAGUCAAGCCACUGCGCAGUCCCAGAAUGGGCUCCACGGAGAGGGGGGAAGUAACGAAGAGGAACACGACGACGACCGGGAACGAGCCCAACUUACUCUCCCCCCCUCAGGUAAAAGUCCCGUUCGAGGCUCCGCUCCUCGGCGAAGCGGCGGGAAGCGGCUCCAAACUGGAGUCUGAGUCCCUGGAGACGCUGCCUGAACCUCCGCAGCACGACGCCAGCCAUGAAACACAGCUGGAGAGCAGGGAUGAGCAGCCGAGUUUGGUUGUUCCGUGCUCUUCAGGGACUGAUUCUGAGCGACCCCCCCCAAGCAUGUUGAUGUACAACCUGGAGAUUGAACUCAAGAGAGGCCACAACCUGGCCAUACGAGACAAAGGAGGCAGCAGCGAUCCGUAUGUCAAGAUCAAACUCGCCAAUAAAGAUGUGUUUAAGAGCAAAGUCAUCUCCAAAAACCUCAACCCUGUGUGGAAUGAGAAGAAGAGUUUGAUCCUGGACAGUCUGAGUGAACCUCUGAAUGUGAAGGUGUUUGAUUAUGACUUUGGCUUUCAAGACGACUUCAUAGGCUCUGCUUAUCUCCAUCUGGACUCUCUGGAGCAGCAGAGGACCAUACCUGUAUUUCUGGAGCUGAAGGACCCACAGUACCCUGAUGAGGACCUGGGCACCCUGGAGCUGGAUGUCACCCUGUCACCUAAAGGCCGUUCCACAGAGGAAUGUCUAGAGUCCACACAGCAGCAGCCGUCUACAUUUGUCCCAGAGAUGCGUCGGAAGUCCCAGCUCUGGCGAGGGAUCGUCAGCAUCGCGCUGUUGGAAGGUCGAGGCCUAACACCAAUGGAUUCCAACGGCCUGAGUGACCCAUACGUCAAGUUCAAACUGGGUAUUCAGAAGUACAGGAGCAAGACUGUGCCAAAGACGCUGAAUCCUCAGUGGAGAGAGCAGUUUGAUCUGAACCUGUUCGACGAGAAUGGGGGAGUGCUGGAGAUCACAGUGUGGGACAGAGACCCUGGCAGGAGAGACGACUUGAUGGGAUGCUGCCAGUUGGACCUCUCUGCUCUGGCUAAAGAACAAACCCAUCACCUGGAGCUGGAGCUGGACGAGUCCCGGGGCUACGUGGUGCUACUGGUCACACUCACGGCCUCGGCCUGCGUCUCCAUCGCUGACCUGUCCGUCACGCCGCUGGACGACCAAACGGAACGCAGGGACACAGUCAAACGCUAUAGCUUGUGGAACUCGUUCUCUAACGUGAAAGAUGUGGGCAUCGUGCAAGUGAAGGUGUUGAGAGCUGAAGACCUCAUAGCUGCUGAUGUCACUGGUAAGAGCGACCCUUUCUGUGUGCUGGAGCUAAAUAAUGACAGACUACAGACACACACUGUUUACAAGAACCUCAGUCCACAGUGGAACAAAGCCUUCACCUUUAACGUCAAAGACAUUCACUCAGUGUUGACGGUGACGGUGCUUGAUGAGGACAGAGACAGGAGCGCCGACUUCCUGGGGAAAGUUGCCAUCCCUUUAUUACAUGUGCGUAACGGUGAGAAGAAAGGCUACGUGUUAAAAGAUAAGAAGCUGACGGGUCCGACCAAAGGAGUCAUCUACCUCGAGAUUGAUGUCAUCUACAACAUUGUCAAAGCUGCCUUGAGGACUGUGGUCCCAGCAGAGCAGAAAUAUAUAGAGGAGAACCUGAAAGUGUCCAAACAGUUGCUCCAGCAGAAUUUUAAUCGUGUGAAGCGGUGCGCCAUGGUCCUGAUCAGCUGGGGAUCGUACAUCAACAGUUGCUUUCAAUGGGAGUCCACGCGGAGGAGCGUCACGGCCUUUGUGCUGUUUGUGGUGGUGGUAUGGAACCUGGAGCUCUACAUGCUGCCACUGGCACUGGUGCUCCUGCUGCUCUGGAACUUCUUCUUCUGCUCAAGCAGGGAAACGGAUGAACUGUCAAUGGAGGCCAUGUUUGAACUGGACGAUGAAGAAGAGGAUAAAGAGGACAAGGACAAAGGCUUGAUGGAGAGACUGCACGCCGUACAGGAAGUGUUCGUCAGCGUACAGAAUGCUCUGGAUGAGGUGGCGUCCUAUGGAGAGAGGAUAAAAAACGUCUCUAACUGGACUGUGCCUUUUCUGAGCUGGCUGGCGAUCACUGCCUUUUGUUUGGCCACAGUUCUUCUCCGUCUCGUUCCUCUCCGAUACCUCGUGCUGGCGUGGGGUAUGAAUAAAUUCACCAAGAAGCUUCGUAAUCCGUACAGGAUUGACAACAACGAGGUUCUGGACUUUCUAUCCAGAGUGCCCUCCGAUAUUCAAGUGAUGCAGUACCAGCAGUUGAAGGCUGACACUGAACGAACCGCACUGAAGCGCAGGAAGACCAACCCGAGCUAAUGGUCACAUGUGUCUUCAUGUCUCUGUCCUCGGCUGGAACAUUUGUAACUGUAAACAAUGUGAACUUAUAACAAAGGGUACUUGUAUGUAUUUCUUGGAUAUUUGGAUGAUCUUUUGUGUGUAAUUUAUUUUCUAAAUCCUGAAGUUGUUAUGAUUUGAAUGAUUCAUGUCUUGUCACCACACACACUAUAAACCUGUAAAA